UGACGCUGAUUAAACAGGUGAAGCAGGAUCUUGUAAUUGCUGGUAUUUCGCGUUUGCUCUCCGAUCGAUUAAGAGCUCGUGGACUUCAGUAAAGCUUCUGCUUCAGUGGGCAGGAUUUGAAAGCAGGGCUGCUCUGUCACCAUGUUUGACCUGAAGAAGAGGAAUAGUUUGACUCUGAGGGACAGCCGCGGGACGGAGGAGUUCAGACGAGUGGCGGUCAGACGGAAAGUCCAAGGUCCUGUGGGUGACUGUCAAACCUCAGAUGUGAGCAGUGGUGUGAGGGGUUCAUACAACGGUGGCCAUGCUCAUGGCAGAGUUUCUGGAUCAGAACUGAUCGCAAAAAUUGGUACAGAAAAAGAUGAUGAGAAAAGCCCAAUGAAGAGAUCACCUUUUAAACCCCAAGUGCCUCCUAAACCAGAUCACCUCCAGAGCCCUCCGAGGGUCGGACAAGAUCAAGCCUGCAGUCUCACUCCAGGAAAAGUGCCACCCCAGCAAAAUAAUGGGACAGAAGAGAACCAGAAUAGAUGCAAUGGCGUUUCUAUUUCCUGUGUAAGCCCACAGAAUUGUUUAGACUCUCCAAGUAAAGAAGGGGGAUGUUAUUUUCUGAAUGGGGUUUUGGAUCCACACAUCAACCCUGCCAGACAUGCUCAGGGGAUUGUGAAUCUUACAAGCAGGCCACUAUCAGGAUCUCCAAGCCCAGGCAAAAGAGGCAUUCAGAGCUGUAGCCCUCUGAGAGAAGAAGGCCACAGCCCCGGAAAGCUGUCCCCAAGAAACUAUAGACCUCUCACGGGAAAACUGCGUGCUUCGAGCCCUGUUCAAGGGAAGAUGGGAAGCUACAGCCCUGCCAAGAGUUCUAAAUCCUUGCUAGGGCUGCACAGAAUCUCAAGCGAGAAAAUAGAAAGACGGGAGAAGAGAGCAGGAAAGUCUCUGAGUGUGCCUGACCUGGUUGUGCAUUUGGAUGAGAGCAGGAUUCCCUCAGAUAAAGCUGAGCGCUCGCCACUCAAACUGCUGCACUCACCCAAUUUUAAUAUACCUGCCAUCACCAUCAAAGCAUCAGCUAAGCAUAGACGCAGUCUGACCACAAAUGAAGAGCAUCUGUUAAACAGCGGCAUAGAGCAUUUCCCAGGACAAAUGAAUGGCUUUUUUAACAACUUCCUGCUGUGCUGCUCUCCAAAGUUCAGCCUGGUCGGGCAGCGUUUCACUGUGCGCUGCAGGAUCGGGAUGGAUGGGAUGCAGGUGCAGCAAACCACCAACGAGGACCAUCCAUACACCUUCCAAAUAUCUGGAAGGGAAAGGAUCCUUGAGCUGCAGGCCAGCUCCAAGCAAGAUCGGGAUGAAUGGAUAAAGGUGAUUCGUGAAGCCAUUGAUGUGUUUCAGAAGAAAAAUGAUACCUUCAGACUGGCUUCUAGGGAGCUUACUGUAGCAGAACCAACAGAGGAGCUCGGCAAACGAGCCCCUCGCUGGAUCAGAGACCAUGAGGUGAUCCUGUGUAUGUCCUGCAUGGAGCCUUUUAACGCCCUUACUAGAAGAAGACAUCACUGCCGUGCCUGUGGUUUUGUGGUGUGUUGGAAGUGUUCAGACUACAAAGUGGCUUUGGAGUAUGACGGUUACAAGCUGAACAAAGUGUGUAAAGCUUGUUACGCCAUCCUGACUGGCCCGAGAGGGGAGGGCUUGGAUGGAAAAAAGAGAAGAAUGCUGGAUUCCAAAGCAUCUCCAGGGCCUACUGACAGUGUAAUGAGUGGUUUCCUGCAGUAUGGGGACAACCCCCAGACCUGGCAACGAGUGUGGUCUGUGCUCACCAGGGCUGAGCCUCCCGUUCUUUACCUGUACUCCGUUCCACAGGAUUUAAAGCCCCUGUUCACUAUACCUCUACUGGGCUGCAGCGUAGAGGCUUUCCCCCAGGCGUUUCAGGGUCAGUCCUGCUUCUGUCUGACCCAGUCCAAAACCCGCCACACUUUCACCUGCGAUUCUCUGGACAUCAAACGCAGCUGGCUGAGUGCUCUGAAAGUGGCUGUGACAGGAUGGCGUACAGCAUGCUCACUGGCUGUUUGUGACAACAGCAGAGGAAUCAGGUCUGGCAUUAAUGGGAGUCUCAGUGGUGAGAACUUUGUAGUCAGUGGCAACAAGGACCAUCGCUCUUGAAUGUUUGCAGUGUGUCACGUAUGCAACAGCAGAACAAAUGUCCAUUGUUGGAAAAUGAAAGUUCAGGAAUAUAAAGGUUACAGUACUCUGAAAACUGUGUCUUUAAAAGUGUUGUGCACUUUAUUUCAGAAAUGGUUUACAGUAAAAUAAAUAAAGUGUUUUAACGUGA